GUGUAACACAAAAACACAAUUUGUUUUACUUGUAAUUUUCGUAAUUAAUUCUGCAAAAAUCAAGAUUUUCUGCUAAUUAAUAUGACGACUGUUGAUAAAGAAACGGAGAAUAAUGAUACUCCAGAAAAUGAAGCGGAAAAUACAGAAGAAAGUGAACGAAGUGCGCUCCACGAAUACAUUACUAACCUGGAAGCCAGAAUCAAACAAAAAUCGGAAAUGCGACAACAAAACUUGAAUUGUGUGAGACCACCGGAUAAUCAUUUCUCUAAACUAGAUUCCGGUUUAAAGAAAAAUACUACUUUUGUGAAAAAACUAAAAUCGUUCAGUGCUACUCAAAUGGAUGCACUUCUCAAAGAUUUUAGUGCUUUAAAUUUGACUAAGUAUAUUUCAGAGGUAGCUUCUGCUAUAGCUGAGGCUAAAAUGAAGAUGUCUGAUAUACCAGCAGCUAUAAAUUUAUGUUCAGCUCUUCAUCGGACUUAUGCUGAGUUUUCAUCAAAUUUCUUUGAAAACUGGCAAAAAAUUUUAACGUUUAAAGCUACAGACAAAAUUGCCAACUCAUCUAAACUGCGAGUAGAUAUCCGAUUUUAUGCAGAACUAGUGGCAGUAGGUAUAUUUGCUAAUAAAACUGGCUUACCUUUGCUGGGAAAUGUACUUACGGUACUUAUUAAUAUGGAUAAAGAAGAGCAUAACAAUAUACCAAUUUUGUUAUCCUUUUGCAAACACUGUGGAGAAGAUUACGCUGGGCUUAUGCCUAAAAAAAUAAGGGAUGCUUCAGAGAAAUAUAAUAUUACAGUACCAAGAAACACAUUCUUGCCUGCAGAGAAACAGGCAGUGGUGAGAACUUUACUCAAAGACUACUUUAAUUCUUUGACCAAGCAUUUGAUGGCUGAGAGAGCACAACUGCAGGCGCUCCAUGCAGCCAACCAGAGAACUCUCCAUACUCGUGGUGAACUGUCUCAAGAGAGAAAAGAUCAAUUAGAACAGCAUCAGGCUACAUAUGACAAAUUACUAAUGGGAGCCCAAAACUUUGCUGAAGUGUUGGGAGAAGAAUUGGGUGAAGCGGGUGAACCACCUACCCUCACUCUCACGGUGACUGAAACACAAGGAACUGUGACUAUAGGAGGCACUGAAGAGUUCAAUAUGCAAGCUGGAACAGACCCAUGGCAGGAUGAAGAUACCAGAACAUUUUAUACUAGUUUACCCGAUUUAAAGGUUUUCAUGCCCAACUACCAACUGAAGGAGCCUGUAAAAAGCAAGAGCAGUGAAAGCACUGAGACUGUCACUGAAGAAAUGCUAGAUGAGGACCUGAAGGAGGAUGAACUAAGUGAUGGUGAAGAACCUCCCACAGUUCCAGAUGUGGAACAAGAAGAUACUCAGCCAGCUAAUAUCUCUAACAAAUAUGCCUUGGAUGUCUUUCUAAAUGAGUUGCCAAACUGCAUAAACAGGGAGCUUAUUGACAAUGCAGCAGUCGACUUCGUACUGAAUCUCAAUACAAAGAACAACCGUAAAAAACUCACAAGGGUUUUGUUCAGCGUAGCUCGAACAAGGCUUGAUCUCUUGCCGUUCUACUCUAGAUUUGCUGCUAUACUCUAUCCUGUACUGCCCGAUGUCUGUGUUGAUCUCUGCCAAAUGCUAAAACAAGAUUUCAGAUACCAUGUCAGGAAAAAGGAUCAAAUCAACAUUGAAUCUAAGAUUAAAGUAGUGAGGUUUAUUGGUGAAUUGGUCAAAUUUGGAUUGUACUCCAAAAUGGAAGCAUUGUAUUGCUUAAAAGUACUUUUACAUGACUUCAAGCACCAUCAUAUAGAAAUGGCAUGUAACCUACUAGAAACGUGUGGUAGAUAUUUAUACUGUAAUCCAGACACACACCAAAGAACAAUGAUCUACUUACAGCAAAUGAUGAGGAAAAAGACUGUUUCAGCCCUAGACUCGCGUUAUGUAACGCAAAUUGAAAAUGCAUUUUAUUACGUUUGUCCACCUGAAGCGCCUGCCCAACCCAAGGAAGAGGAGCCUCCUAUGCAUCAAUUCAUACGUAAAAUACUUCAUGAGGACUUGCAGAAAAGCAAUGAAGAGAAAAUCCUCAGGUUGAUGCGAAAACUAAACUGGGAUGAUCCAGAUAUAUCGGCCAUUGCAAUAACCCAUUUGGCUGGGGGAUGGAGAGUCAGGGCUAGUGCCAGAAGAGCCCUCGCGCGUUUGACUGCAGAACUGGCAGCUUGGCAAGAAGCAGUGGCUCCUGCAGUUGUCGACACUAUUCUGGAAGAAAUACGCGUUACAAUGGAAGACCCCCAUCCUAGAUACAAUCAAAGAAGGAUAGCCACUGUCAGAUAUCUAGGGGAGUUGUACAAUUACAAAUUACUGGACUCGCGCGAUGUGUUCACUGUUCUGUAUUCAUUCAUUACUCUGGGCGCAACUCGCGAUCCCGGUAAUGUCUCUCCUCUCGAUCCACCAGACAACGUGUUCAGAAUAAGACUCGUUUGUGCUUUGCUUGAAACUUGUGGCGCUUACUUCAACAGCGGAUCCAGCAAAAAGAGAUUGGAUUACUUCCUGACUUUCUUCCAGAGCUACUAUUGGGUGAAGUAUUCAGAUCCUUACUGGAAUGACGAUAACAAGUUCCCAAUUUAUGUAAAGUACAUUUAUCAAGAAUGUCUGACCACCUUGAGGCCUAAAUUGACUUUGUAUACGAGUUGGCAACAAUGUAAAGACGCAAUAGAGGAUCUGAGGCAAGUGUUGUACCCUGAAUUAGGCGAAGAGGAACAGUAUGAUAAUGAAGAUCAAGGAGACGACAGCGUCAAUGAUGGGUUGGAUACGAUAAUAGAGACAGAUGAUGAAACAGACAAUCCACAGUUGCCCGAGGAGAGCUCGGAUGAGGAGCCUAUAACUGAAAAUACUGGUAACGAUGAAAAUGAAGGUUCGGGAGAUCCUGAUGAUAUCACUAUAGAAGCGAGACGACCUGCUCCAAAACCGGUCGAGGACGUCGAAUUUGAGUCUGCUUUUGAGAAAAUGGUAAUGGAGAACAUAGCAGAAAGACAACGCGAGAAUAGACCUCAGCAGCGUGACAUCGCCGUGCCCAUGACUUGCCGACAGACUACUAAGAAGACUUAUGAACAGUUACUGUUCAAUGAUUCCUUACAGCAAGGCAAAGAAGGAGUUGAAUUUGUGUUAAUGGUCAGAAAAGGCACGAAACCGCAAUACAAGUCAUUUAACGCGCCUCCUGAACUCGCCAGCAAUCUGCAACAGCAGGCGUUGGCAGAUAAACAGGAGAUGGAGAGAGUUAAACGGUUGACAUUGAACAUCUCCGAGAGGCAAGAAGAGGAAGAGUACAGCGCUGAAAGUGGCGGAGGAUCAGGCGGUAUUGGGAAUCCCAACAGAGGGCAGCACGUGCGUCAAAAGUACCAACACCCGAAGGGAGCUCCCGACGCCGACCUCAUAUUUGGACCCAAAAAAUUUAAAUGAUAUAUACCACCUGCUGACUGACAGCUCGACGACCAGUAGUUGAGUCGGUCAGUCCGCAGUCCCUGACGAAUUUGCGGAUUCCCUCAAAGGAAAAUUGAUUUACGAAAAGUUUAUGAUAAACUAGUCGUGGUUGCCUUUAUUCAAGCGUCUAAAGACCGAUAAAUAAAUACCAGCAAGUAGUAAGUAGAGUGGUAUUUGGACCCGGUUUAAUAGCUGUUUCUUUAGGAGUCUUAUGCAAACAACUAAGGCGAAAUGCGACUCACUAUUUAAAGUCUAGAAAGUAGGACAAAAAUCACGUCUCAGAUUCACGUCAAUUAAACUUCAUGGGCGU